GUGUCAACAUAAACAUGUUUACAGAGGCAAGGGAAGGUAGCAAAUUUAAAGAAAUUAAGUUAGAGUAAAAUUGAAAAAUAGCUGCGGCAUAUCUCUAUUUUGAAUACUCGUUUAAGAUGAAUGAACAUGUAAACAUCACUUACAAAGACUUUCCAUAUAUUUGUCGUAUCUGUUUGACUGUGGGAGAUUUGAAACCAAUAGUGGAUUCUACAAGCCUGAAAAUUUUUAAUAUUGUGACUGAAAUCGAGAUUAAGGAAGAUGAUGACCUUCCAAAGAAUUUGUGUGUGCAGUGUAUGCAGUUUCUCCAUGAUAUUUUAGAUUUUGCAAAUAAGUGCAAAAAUAGUGAUGGUCUUUUGAAAUCAGCAUUGGAGAAAGAAAAAAAUAAAGAUUAUAAAUCAGAUUCCAAUGACAACUUUGAUGAAGAUUAUCAAUGUGAAGAUGAUGAUGAAGACGAUGAAGUAAAAUCUGAAGAUUUAAAUUUCCAUAUUAAGGAAGAAGAUGAUGACUGGAACUGCAAAAAAAUUGUCAAAAAGAAACGAGGUAGAAAGAGAAAAGUUCUAAAGGAAAAACCAAUACGCCAGGCUCGGAAAAGAGGGCCAAAACCCAAGCAUAUUGACUCAGAGAAUGAAGAAAAUCUAGAUGAUUCCAGCAGCAAAAUACCAGUGUGUUCUGCAUGCUGUAAUACAUUUACCAGUAAAGCAAAAUUAUGUCAACACUACAAAGAAAAUGAGUCAUGUCGUCCAAAAAAUUUCAAGUUAUUUAAAUGUGAAGUCUGUGAAAAGGAAUUUUCAACAAUAAGAAGAAGAAAUGAACACAUGAACAUCCACACAGGUGAAACCCCAUACAUUUGUACUUACUGUGGAAAAGGGUUUCAGUUAUAUCCAGCACACUUUAAACACGUCUAUAGGCAUCGUUUAGCUCUUGGAGAAGUUGAACUAAAGCCAGGCUAUACUGAAAAACGGGUCCGGCUAAAUUUAAAAUGUGACCUGUGCCCUAAAGUAUUUGCAAGCAGGUCUGGAUUUGCAAAUCACCUACUAAUUCAUCAAGGUGUGAAAAUACAAUACAAAAAAAGGACUAAGAAAGAAGGAGAGGUUAAAUUGAAAAAUUACCUUUGCAACUACUGUGCCAAAAGUUUUCAUACAAAGGUGCAGCUCGAUGGGCACAUUAGGGGCCAUACAGGAGAAAGACCUUUCAGUUGCAGUUUCUGUGGUAAAUAUUUUAAAACAAAGGCAGCUCUGAAAACCCAUGAGCAAAACCAUCUUGGCACCACCCCAAAGAGAUUCGAGUGCGAUAUUUGCAACAAACCGUUUUCUUUAAAGGCCCAUUAUGAAGUGCACAAAAGGACCCACACCGGUGAAAAACCAUUUUCGUGUCAUUUUUGCGGAAAAUGUUUUAACUAUAGGGGGACUUGGAGAAUACAUCUAAGGAUACAUACGGGUGAAACACCUUAUGCCUGUCCCGUGUGUGGUAACAGAUAUCAUGAUAAAAGCAGCCUAAAUAAACAUCAGAAAAAAAAGAACCAUGAGGGUAAAGCUAUUGUCCAAGAGAAACUUUUACUCUGAUAGAUACAGAUUAUAUAUUUUGAAAACAAUAGAAGCAGGUGAAGGUGAAAGUGAUGGUGUAAUUGUAAAUUAAUGUGUGCUUGUAGAUAGUUUCUAGUAAUUAUUAUUAAGGAGAACUUAUUGUUAUGUGCAGUGAGUUUAGUGAAUAAAAUUAAU